ACUGUUUAGUGUACUCGAGAGAGAGGGAAACAUUGUACCCGAGGGCAUUCUACUGUUAAUACUUACAUAGCACUUGUUUCCAGUCACCGGUUUUUACGGAGCAAUGGAGCCUCAUGUAAACGCGAAGCGGCUUUUUAAUCACGCGACAACCCUGAAGCUUCACACGGGGAAUUUAGUGAACCGCAGUCGACUUAAGAAGAAAUGUCCGUCUUCACCUAGUGAGGAGCUUCAAGACUGCAUCCAAGGCACACUGAGCGAGUGGUUUGCCGCAAUGCCGUCAUCUCUUGACUCUCUUCCCAGCAUUCUGGACUGUGCUAUUCCAGAAAACACAGAGGCCAUCACCCCAGAGGAGAGAGAGGAGCUGAAAGUGUCUGUCAAGCUUUUUCUCACUGAGUCAGACACUUCAUCCAUCAGAAGUGCAGUGGACAUGGCUUGUCUUUCGUUAGGAGUAUCUCAGUUGGACUCUGUGAUCAUUGCUCCACCUCCUCUCCCCGAGGGUGAGGCACAGACACUGACCCACCUGCAGCCGCUGUGGGAGGAGUUGGAAAGUCUUGUGCGAAGCCAGAAGAUCGCUGCCAUCGGCACGUCUGACUUGGACAAAACUCUUCUAGAGCAGCUGUAUAACUGGGCUCAGAUAAAGCCAAGUAGUAAUCAGGUGAAUCUGGCCUCGUGCUGUGUGAUGCCUCCAGACCUCACUGCAUUUGCUAAAGAGUUCGACAUACAACUGCUUACGCACAAUGACCCCAAAGAGCUAAUCAGUGCAGCGGGCUUCCAGGAAGCAGUGCAGGGAAGCAGUAAGGACCUGCAGGUGGUUGAUUGGAGGCUGGAGUGGGUCUUACGGUACUCCAUCAUCGUCAAGAGCAGAGGCAUCAUAAAAGCAAAAGGAUAUAUUGUUCAUGCUAAAAAGGGCAACACCCUUUAACAUGUCUAGAUUGAAUAGGGUUUCUUGAAAUCUUGGGAGCAACUACGUCAUUGGAUGCAUAUUUUACAGUUUUUGUCAACACACUAAACUGGAUGUGAUUUUUCAAAAGAACAAAAAUUCACUCGACCCACUUGACUCAUUUUUCUUUAUGAUUUAGAAUAUUUAGACAGCAAUCUGUUCUUGUAGAUAAAUUCAAAGUGCCUCUUUUUUUCCAACCUGGCCUGAUUUAAUUCUCUUUAUUAUUCAAAAUGGUAAAAAUUAAACAUAAUACAAUGGUUGAUAGGACAACAGAUUAAGAUGCUUCGAAUAUCACAAUAUUAUUUUGUUAAUCAUUGCACCCUUUUUUUCUGGUUUAUUUAAAAAUGUUAACCGCUUUUUUAAAGAGGGCCACAUAGUUGUAUUUUUACUUUAAAUUUUAAUGUCAAAUUUUAAGUCCUGCUGGCAUUUUACGUUUGUAUAAUUUAUUUUAAUUGAUGCUUUGCUUGGAAUGUUCAGUAAAUGUUUUCUUACAUGUUGUCGACAGAUGAUUCUAUGUUUUGCAUCCCUUUGUAAACAAAAUGCCUUGCCUAUCUGAUAAAAAGAAAUAUUCAAAUAUCUAACUGUUUGGGAGGCUGUUAACAUGCAUGGCAUGAACAGCAUUAACCCGUUGUAUAUAAGAACACUGGAAAAUUCCACACUUGAAGGAAAAUAAUGAUUAUAGUUCCAGUAUCCAUCAAAUAGUCAGAAUAUAUAUUUUUACCUGUGUUAUUUAUUCAUUGCAAUGACGAUUCCUGUUGGAGCCAAUCUUAUAAUACAGUUCUUGUUUCAUGUACUGUACUGUACUGUACUGUAAUUACUAUUUUCCCAUAUUGUGUUAAACAUUUCUAAUGCGGUUUAUAAACUUAGGAAUUGAAAACAAAACAA